UAAUAUAUGUACUGCAGAAACUUGAAAAAAAAAAAAAACAAAAUUAUCUAUUAUCUGUCUGUAGAUAUAGAUUAUUUUGGGACACGACUGUCUCCUCUCAGUCUCUCUGUUCGCUUUCUACAAAACGAAGAGCGUGGAAGAAAGAAUGCGUACUAAGCUUCGAGAAGUUUUAUAUUUUACGUACGUAUCUCAAUUUUUGAGUCAGAUAAGGCAAUGUAAAAACAAACCCAGUAGCGGUUAGAAAAAAUAAAGCGCCCUAUGAAUUUAAACUUUUUUGGGCUCUGUUUUACGAAUUGCUACCAUGCAAAAAUUGGAAUGUUUGAAUUUACAACUACUGCGCAGUGAGCGCGACGGAAUAGAUUUAUCGUCUAGCAAGUGAAUUUAGCGCUGUAUAGCUUUUUCGGCCCUAGUUUGAUUGCGACCUCGUGCGAUACCACGUACCGCUUGUGUGCAUCCGAACAAAUUUUAUUAAAUUUAAUAUUCUGUGACUGCAAUAAAAUUUAGCAUAUUUAUUUUAUUUUAUUAUCGUUUGCCUAAUAAAUAACAAAUAAUAAUAAAAGAAUUAUAAUUUCAGACUUGAUACUUGCUGGUUUUUGUAUCUCGGAGUAGAAUUCAAUCGCAUUAGAAAUAAUAAAAAGAAUCAAAAAAAGACUCAAAAACGAUGAGUCUUUCAGUUCGUAUGUUGAGUUUGUUUCGUAAGACUAAAAUGUGUGACUUAGAUCUGAAAAAAGUUGCGGUUGAACAGCAAGAGCUGAAAAUUUCACCUGUACACAAUACAAAUACAACAGUAAAAACAGCUACGUUCGGUAUGGGUUGUUUUUGGGGCGCAGAAUCGCUUUACGGUGGCACCAAAGGUGUUUUACGUACUACAGUCGGGUAUGCUGGUGGUUCCACAAAUAUACCGACAUACCGUAAUAUUGGUGAUCAUACUGAAGUACUGGAAAUCGAUUAUGACCCAAAUGUUAUAUCAUUCAAACAACUUUUACAUUUGUUUUGGAAUAAUCAUGAAUAUGGUUUAACUACAAAAGUGAAACAACAAUAUAUAUCACUCAUUUUAUAUCAUGACGAAGAACAAAAAAGUAUUGCGGAAGCAUCUAAAGAAGAACAAAAAAAGAAGCGUGCGCCAGAGGUUUUGAUAACGAAGAUUUGUGAGAAAAAAACUUUCUAUCCAGCUGAAGAUUAUCAUCAGAAAUACAGAUUGCAAGGACAUAAGGAUCUAACAAAAUCAUUAAAUUUGAAUUCAAAAUUGCUAUUAACUUCUUAUGUAGCCACAAAACUCAAUGGAUACUUAGCUGGUGUAGGUGGUUUGGCUCAAUUUAAUGCUGAAGCAGAUACAUUGGGAUUGACACCAAGCCAAAAAUCAUAUUGUUCCUAUUAUACUGAAAAAAAUGAAGGAGGCGGACUAUACUGUUAAUUUAUUUUUAAACAAUAGCCUAUUGAAAAAAAUUAUAGUUUUAAAUUUUGUUUCGGGUUGUUUUUUAUA